ACACAAUAGAAGAGAAUAGAUCAUAAAGGGUUUCAUAAAAAUAGAAUGGAAUAGAAUAGAGAACAAAUUAAAUAGAAUCGAACACAAAUCAGAUAGAAUAGAAUAGAAUACUCUUUACAACAUGAACUACAGUAUGAAUGUUACAUAAGCAGCCAGUGACAGCAGUUGACAUGCAGUUUGCUCUGACUGAGCCCUGUGGUGGUAACUACAGUAGAAUAUUGUUAUUCCGCCCAUACACAGUGUGGACGUCAGCAGACCGUCUGCAUCAGCACCACAGAGCGAGGGGGAGCAUCAUUAGUUUCCAUGGCAACACCAACGUCGCGAGUGACGCAGGCGAGAUGGGGAGAGAAAGGUGAAUGAGUUGAGGCAGGCGAGGCAGGGGCUGCCGGCGACCGCAGUGCAGGAUGUGUGUGUGGUGUGUGUGUGUGUGUGUAGGUGUGAUGUGGAGUGUGAUUAGGCUCAGAGGCAGAAAUAAAUCUAUGUUGAGUUUGAAACCGUACCGACUCUAAUGUAAAGAAAAAGGUUUCAUUUGUUUAAAAAAUGUUCACCUCAUAAUAUUCUCCCUUGAAAAAAAAAAAUGUAAUCUCCUCUAUGCCAGUUUUGGAACCUCAUAGGAAACCGUGUCCAGAGUGUGAGUCAUUUCGCAACCCAGUGGGCGUGUGCUGCAGGGUGGAGGAAUGAAAAAAGAAAAAAAGAGGUGUUCCUCUAAGACGAUAUUAGAUUAUAGCUCUGCCUUUCCUGACAACAAACUGAGAGGCAGCCUUGUCCUCUGCGCUCAGGUGAAGUGUUUUGUGUGUUGUGUACGACACAGUUUCUCCUCCCUCACUCGGAGAAGUGUCCUCUGAACUUAACUCUCUCGGGACAAACUAAUAUGUUCAGCAACGCCCUGUGUCGCGCACACACCAUUACAGAGCAGACAUUCACACCUGACCAGCAAAACCACUGAGCAGCUCCACUGGGGCAACGGAUUCUGAACUGGUCUCAGUAAAGGAGAAGAGGCUGUUUUUAUUUUUAUUUUUUGUUGACUUUAGCUGCCCACAUUCAUAAUAAAGAGUAUUUAGGGUCAGGCACAAGGAAAGAAAAUGAGAGGAGGAAGGUUUUUUUUCUUCUGUUUGCAUUUUCUUCUCCCUUUCUGAGAAUAAAGUUAAAAAGUUGAGUACAAAGUUGAAAUAUCGUGAAUAAAGUCGACUCCUCCGGUUCAAUCCAGUGAGAGAAGUGACUGACAGCUGUGUGAGCUGCCCGUGUUCCAUCUCUCCAAGCUCUGUCAGGUUUCUCCUUCAGAACAGACAAUCUCUUCAAAGACCUAACUCUGAUCACCACACUGUUUAUGUGCUAAAAGAGAAUUUACUUCUGACUAUAACUGAUUCCGGAGAACAACACAAUUCAUCUACACAGGGGUAUCUUUUUUAUCUUUUUCUAAUUCUGACUCUUCAUGAAAAGCUGAAACAUUGUUAAUUCUCAAGUUGACUGUGACCUGCUGUGGACAGAUGCAUGCCAGCACAGUAGAUGGCAGUGUCAUCCAUCCAGAUCUGGUGUGUUAUUUCCUGUGAGCAGUGGCCAGAAGAAGAUAGAGGCAGCCGGGCGCAGACUGUCCCAGGAUUCUUGUUUUUCUUUUAUUUGAUCCCUGUAUUAUAAAUCUAUGACAGCGGUUGUUUUUAGUUUAAGUGGGGGAUGAUGGCCAACAAGAAGAAAGUGAUAGUAACAGGCUUUGAGCCUUUCGGAAACCAUGCAGUGAACUCCAGCUGGGUGGCAGUGCAGGUAGAGCUGGAGCGAUUAGGGCUGGGUGAGGCAGUAGACCUGUUUGUGUGUGAGGUGCCUGUUGAAUACCAGGCUGUCCAGCGUCUGCUGCCAUCACUGUGGAAAGAGCGCCAGCCGCAGUUAGUAGUCCACGUCGGUGUUUCUGGAUUGGCUACCACAGUCACUCUAGAGCAGUGUGGCCACAACAAGGGUUACAAGCGCCUGGACAACUGCAGCUUCUGCCCGGCCUCCCAGUGUUGCAUGGAGCGCGGCCCCAGCUGCAUUAGCUCAGUGCUGGACAUGGAGACAGUCUGCAAAAGGGUCAACGCCUCUGACAUCGGGGUGGCUGUGUCCGUUUCUAGAGAUGCAGGGAGAUAUCUGUGUGACUACACCUACUACACGUCCCUGUACCUGGGGCAGGGCCGCUCUGCCUUUGUCCACGUGCCUCCGUUAGGAAAACCCUACUGCAGCCAGGAACUGGGCAGAGCCCUUCAGGCCGUCGUAUGGGAGAUGCUGGACCUGCUGGAUCAGGGUCGCACUGAAGAGGAGCACAAACAUAACGAGCACUGCAAUCACAAGCAUCAACACCAGCACCACCACUGAGGACUGUCUCUCACAGACACAUAGAUCCACCUGAUCGAAAUGGACCACUGGCUCGUAGUUAUGGUUUAAUCAAUGCAACUUUGAAGCCACAUUUUCUAAUUAGGGUUUGAGACUUAAAAAAAUGUACUUUUACAGUCACAGUUUGAAAAAAUGAAUGGGUUUGAAUUUCACAUGUCAACUUGGAGCUGUGUGUCUGAACUGGGUGAACUGAAGUUGUAUCUUAAAGAUGUUGUAGGUGUCUGUUGUGGACACAACACCCGGACAACAUCAUCUGUUGCUGUUUUCUUUGUGUACGGCUGUGAGUUUGAAAGUGUCUUUAGUGUGCACAAGUAUUUGGCAUCGAGGAGUAUGCGCUAUGUCUGCCUCGGAUCUUCCAUAAGACUGUGAAAAUUGACAUCAUCUCAUUUAUUUUUCAGUACUAGGAAGGUAUAGUGGCGACAACUAUGAAUUGUAUGGUGGCUCUCUGUUGUCUCGGCUUCCCUCCACUCCCAAAUCCUCUUGGUGGGAUUUUGCAUAUUGUCUUAAAGUAAUGUUGUCAUUCCUUGUUUUCUUAUGCUUUUAUUUGCACCAGAGGAAUGAAAUGAGCCGAAGAGAAACUGAAGAAACGUAACGAUUCACACUUAUAAUAAUUUGUUUAUCUCAGGGAAUAUAUUGUGCAACCAAUCCGUUUGCUGUUUGAUUAACAAAAUGUUUCUGUCCUAUGUAGUGCAGCUUUGCAAGGCAAAGGCAUCUUAAACUUGUGCAUAAAUACUUCACAUACUUGUUUCUUUGUUCCUUGUUGUCUUCAGUCAGAUGUAACAUUUCCUCAUUUCAGCAGCAUUUGAAUUUCUUUGAAAAUUUAAAUUCUUUCGGUAUCAAUUUGGUAUGGUUGGUAUGGUAUGUUUUUUUGUCUCCAAUGUUUGAAAGGUUGAGAAUCUGUGUUUGAAAUUGAUGAUUUUUGGUUAAAUUAUCAAAAAACAAAUGACGAUGGACCAUAUUUUUCGUUUCUAUACACACUUUCCAAGCAUCAAUGAAAUUAUAAAUAGAUAAUGUUGAAUUUUCUUAAAGAAUGCCAUGGAGGGAUUUUAUCAGCAAAUAGAAGACUUUCACAUUUCUACUGUUCGUAACUUAAGUGAACAUGCUAAUGUUAUUUGACUUUAUGUGAUACACAGAGAACCGCACCCAUGCCAACUGCUUGGAAACUCUUAAAAUAAAGUGAGCUUAUACCCUGCCA